AAGGGAAACACAUUUCAAAUGAAAACAAAAUAAUUUUUUGACAUUUGUUUUGUCAUCAGAAGUGUUGUGUCCAUCACUUGUCGUCGACAACACCUAAGACUUUGAAUCAAUUUAGUUCAUCGCUAUAUAGUACUGAUGAUAUCAAUGGAUCAAAUGAAUAAAUCGAUGGCCAGUCAAUCGGUCAAUCAAUCGGUGGUCCAUUUGAUUGACAAUCCGAUGGGAAAAUUGGAUCUAUUCAUAACCAUCAGUGUCUUAUGUUAUGCAGCACUUCUUUGGUCAAUAUUCAGGACCUGGUGUUUCGCCAAAAGAAAUGGCAAGACUGCCAUCGAUCUCAUGAUUAUCAUUGACUUUAUAAUGAAUACCAUUGCUGUCAUCGCCAAUGUUUUCUUCAUUGCCAACGCUUUGGUCGCCGUUUAUAUCUUUAUGAUGUUCAAGAAGAAGACAAUGAUCAGACUCAACAAAGAUCAAGAAUAUUCACUAAUUAUUUACAUUAUCGUUGCAUUUGUCAUGAAAUCAAUUCAUUUGUUAUACAAACUUAUAACCAUUUCAACUGUUAAUAUAUUUUUCAUUGAUUGGGAAAGACCUAAAAAUCAAGAAAAGUCUUCGUUAGUCACUAUAACACAUCCUAAACAUUUGGCUAACGAUAGUCCAAUUGAUGACAAGUUAAUGACAAAUUCGGGUCAAAUAAGGCGAAAUUCUGGCCACAGAUUAAGUAUUAGCGGAUCUCUGGGCAGUCCGACAUCGAAAGCCGACAAACCGUUGAUUGAGUUUCCAAACGUAACCGUCUGGAGGACUAACUUUGUGGCCAAUGAAUGGAUGGAAUUAUGCGGACGAAGACGUCUCAGUUUAAGUGUUCACAUAUUACUAGUUAUUCUUGUUUUUGACUGGUUUGGUUUGGCAAACGUUGCCAUUUGUGAAUCGGAUAAUACCAUAACCAUUGAAAAAUCUGAUGAAUAUGUGCCUCAAGUUACUACCUGUAGGCUAGCUAUCGGUACUCUAGUGACCACUAUUUUAGCUUUAAUAAACAUAGUCAUCAAGAAAUUAGUUUAUGAAAAUCUAAUGCACAAUGAAUUGCAUCAAUUUGUUGAUUUAUGUUCAGUUUGUAAUAUAAGUGUGUUUGUAAUGCUAUACAAACGUUUUGGUUAUUACAUUCAUGGUUUGGCUGCUAACGGGAAAAGUGAUGUUAAUAUGGUUGAGAUGUAUGAACUGUUGGAACGGGAGGAGAACGACCUGUGCUCUAAACGUGGUCUUCUGCCAAAUUCAGAUCACCAAACAUUUGAGAUGUCACUGCCAUUAGCUAUUGAUGAACAUUAUCGACGAAUUCGUUCAAAUUUAUCCGGUUUUAUCAAAAUCACUGACAGAAUGCGUUCAUUUGGAUCGCAAACAUCCAAAAUUGAUAUCCAAAAGUUGAUUCCAACAUAUGUUUUGAUUAAUAAAUUUUUGUCCGGUUUUAUUGAACACAACUUUAAAGACGUUGAUUAUAUAGUACGGGAAAAGUCGACAUUUGAAUCUAUUUUAGACGCAGAGUUUGGUGAUACCAGAGAUAAAGGAAACUUUUAUAGUGAUAAUGGUCAUUCAUUUGAAGCCGUUCUCUACUAUGGUUUAGAGUCUACUUUAAUUUGUUUUGAAAUACUAUUAUUUUUGGUAAGCGACAUGUGUUAUCACAACUUUACUUUUUCAGCUAUUUUUACAUUU